AUUGGCAUGUUGUUCAACUUAUAUUGAGUUGUUUUAUGUAAUAAUUAAUAAAUAAUAACAAGUUUAAGAUACUUAACAUUCUCGCUGUUUUGCUUAAGAUAAUUAUGAUAAAACAAAUAUUGUCAACUACAUUAUUUCAAAACAAAAAUCUUAAUUGCAAAAAAAGUUAUGAAAUUUUCGAUAAGAAUUUCAAAUAUCGCAUACUGCAAAAUACUUUUGCAACAUCAAAAAUAAAUGAUCUUGGAUCCGAACAUAUGAAAUUAAACGAAACUGAUUUAUAUAUAAGUGAGGCUUGUAAGAGAAAAUUGAAGGAGAUAUGUGAUAGUGAGUACUUUUUACGGCUUACAGUCGAAGGUGGCGGUUGCUCCGGUUUUACUUACAAAUUUGAAAUAGAUAAAGAACUUAAAGAAGAUGAUAAAAUUUUUGGUUCUAGCACUGAAAGGGUAGUUGUAGAUUCAAUAUCUUUAGAAUAUUGUGCAGGUGCAACAAUUGAUUACCACUCAGAACUAAUUAAAACCGGGUUUAAAGUAGUUUCAAAUCCAAAAGCUGAAGCUGGAUGUUCCUGUGGUUCUUCUUUUGCAGUUCGAUUAGAUUAAGCAAAUUUACUGUGUUAUCUACUUAGCGUGAUAAAGCAUACCUACAUCAUACAUAAUUGAAUACAAUCGAAUUACUUACGU